AUGAUUCCAUCACAACCUGCUUUGAAUCAGCAACAACAGGGAGAGCAUCAUGUUAUUUGUACAAAUAACAACAGCAACAGUAAUAAUGAAAAAAACUCUGUGAUUGCCAAACGUUCUCGGGAAUUCUUUCGUCUUUCUCAUUAUGAACAGGCUGGAGGAAAGAGUACAACUGCCAUUGAAGAGGAAAAGCAGAUGAAGGAACAAGAGGCAUUAUCGGAGCAAGAGGUAUUGAACAUGUUGGUGAAUGGUGAUACAGAUAGUGAAAGCCUUCGCCAAAAAACAAGCCUCAUUCAAUUCAUUCAUGAUUCAAUUAUGGGAGACGAUGAAGUUUUUAAAUCACCUUUUGGCUAUAGAAAAAUUACUUAUUGUGAUUAUACAGCAUCGGGAAGGUCUCUCAGUUUUUUGGAAGAGUUUAUGAAAAAGCAAGUCAUGACCAUGUAUGCCAACACUCACACAACAAGCUCAAUUACUGGUCUUCAAAGCACAUUGUUUAGACAUGAGGCUCGUUAUAUAGUCAGAAAUGCUUUAAAUUGCGGAAAGAAAGAUGUUUUAAUAUUUACUGGAAGCGGUUCUACAAGUGCUGUAAACAAAUUGGUUCAUUUGUUAGGUCUACAAAAGGGUGGUGACAUGAAUUUACUCUUAGAAAAGAGAAAAUGGGAAAGAGAGUUCAAUAUCAAGAAUAAUUUAUUGGCAGACAAUAGCAUGCAGCCACGACAUCAAACUAGUUCAUCUUUAAACUCUGAUGAUGAUCAAUUUUAUGAUGAUUAUUACAACGUAGAGAAUGGAGUUGAUAUUGAUGAAUUAAGACCAGUUGUAUUCGUAGGCCCAAUGGAACAUCAUUCAAACAUUCUUCCGUGGAGAGAAUCUUGUUGUCACAUUGUUCCAAUCAAAUUAUAUGUUCCAACAGCUGGCUCUGUUGCUACAAGAAACGAAGUUACUGAUUUGGAGGAUUUAGAAAAGAAGUUACAAUACUUUAAGAAUGGAAAGAGGCAAUUAAUUGGCGUCUUCUCAGCCGCUUCUAAUGUCACUGGUGCUCUAGAACCUAAUGUUAAUAAGAUUUCAAUCUUAAUGCACAAAUACGGAGGUUAUGUAGUUUGGGACUAUGCUGCUGCAGCUCCCUAUGUAAAGAUGGAUAUGAAUCCAAGAGGAGUCUCAACAGAAAAUUUGGAUCAUACAUUUGGAAAGAUUAAUGAGGAAAUUCCAGAUGAGGACAAGCCUUUAUGUUACAAGGAUGCUCUUGUUUUCAGUCCACAUAAAUUCGUUGGUGGACCUGGAACACCAGGUGUGCUUGUUGCCAAAAAGCACAUGUUCCAAAAUAAGAUUCCUGAGAAUCCAGGAGGCGGUACAGUAUUCUUUGUGACCGACAGGGAUCAUCACUAUGUGAAAAAGUCAUAUGAAAGAGAAGAAGGUGGUACACCAGAAAUCUUGGGGUCAGUUAGAUGUGGUCUUGUGUUCCAACUUCGACAAGCAGUCGGUACUCAAUUAAUUUCUCAAAUAGAGACAGAUUUUACGAAUCGUGCCUUCAACGAAUUCAAAUCUGUCAAGAACUUGGUAAUUCUUGGCCAUGGACAAAUCACACCACGUCUUCCAAUUUUCAGCUUCCUUAUUAGACACCAUAACUCAUUCCUUCCAUCCACCUUCGUGUCAAUCUUGUUGAAUGAUUUGUUUGGUAUUCAAACUAGAUCUGGUUGUGCAUGUGCUGGACCAUUUGCCCACUUCCUCUUUGGUCUCAAGUACAAUGAAACUAAAAACCUUGAAAACGUGUUGUUGUCAGAUGACGACUAUGAGUUUUUGAGACCUGGAUUUGUGAGAUUGAAUUUCAACUAUUUUAUGGAUGAAGACACCUUUGUCUACAUUACAAAAGCUGUUAAAUUUGUAGCAGAGCACGGAUACAAAUUCUUACCAUAUUAUUACUUUUAUCCAGAAACAGGUGAAUGGCUGCACAAUCAAAAUAGAAAAUUUCCAACCAGAAGAUGGUUACAAAACAUUUCAUAUAAGAAUGGAAAACUCGAAUAUAGACAAGAAAUUGGCUACAAGAUUACUUCUCCAGGCAAGGAGUAUGAAAAAUAUUUAAAGCAAGCCGAAGAAAUGGCUGAACAAGCAUUUAAGGAAUUCUCUAAUCCUAAAUUCAGAAUUGUUGACCAAGAUUUAAUUCUACUCAACAAGACCAAUACUAAUUUAUUGAAAGAAAACAGUAUUAUCAACAAGGAGAAUCUUUCAACAAAGGAAGAGGAAAUUGAUCAUGCUGAAAAAUGGAGAUGGUUUGUUUUUCCUAAGCAAAUUGUCGAAGAGUUACAAGGAGGUGACAUUAAUUCAAUUUUCAAACCCUCGUAUUUGAAGCCAUGGACAGGAUUUUCAGUUUCAGAUCAAUCUACUAUUCAGGACAACGGAACUGCCUCCACCCAGAGCCGUCUCAUUCACUCCACUCUCACUUCAGAAAUUAACCCAUCCUUAUCUUCCCUCUCAGAUACAUCAGAGUUAACAUCGUCACAACCAACAGAAACUGUUCAACAAGUCGAAACCUCUGCAACAUUGCCAACUGCACCAGCAUCAUCCAUUGAGGGGCUUGAUAUUGGAGAAGAUGAUUUUGGAGGAGAUUGGAAAAAGGAAAGUACUGCCAAACCAUACGUUCAAAAACGCCCAGUCAUGUUUAGCAGACCUGUCAAUGUUUUUGAUCAGGAAACCAACAAAGAGAUCAAGCUCUCUGAAGAGGAUGACAAGAAACGUAGAGAGGCACUCAAGAAGCAUUACAAAAUGUGGCCAAAAGUUGAUGCUAAAACCAUCAUGGGACCUGUCAAGAGAGCAAUUCGUGAAUAUGACAUGAUUCGUGACGGCGAUCGUUUGCUGUUAGGAUUAUCGGGUGGUAAAGAUUCUCUCACAUUGCUUCACGUUUUGCAUGCACUCCAAUACAGUAACUUGGGCGUAAAAUUUGAGUUUGGUGCAUGUACAGUAGAUCCACAAACAGCAUCCUAUGAUCCAUCACCACUCAUUAAUUAUUGCAAACAAUUAGGAGUUCCAUAUUUCUAUGAAUCCCAAUCAGUGAUUGAGGGAGCUAAAGAAUGUAAUGCGUCCUCGAUUUGUGCUUGGUGUGCCAGAAUGAAGAGAGGCAUUCUGUACAAUACAGCAAGAAGAGAAGGUUAUAAUGUGCUAGUUUUAGGCCAACAUUGUGACGAUUUAGCAGAGAGCUUUAUUAUGUCUAUUUUCCACAAUGGUUACAUGAGAACCAUGAAAGCUCAUUAUACGAUUGAUGCUGGAGAUUUACGUGUGAUUAGACCUUUGAUUUAUGUCAGAGAGAGUGAGACAAAGAAGUUUGCAUGGGAGAACAAGUUGCCAGUUAUUAAUGAAAAUUGUCCUGCUUGCUUUGAAAUUCCAAAAGAAAGAGCACGUAUCAAGACACUCCUCGCCAAUCAAGAACUUAUUUAUCCUCAAUUAUUCCUGAGUUUACAAACAGCAAUGAAGCCACUCAUGAGCAAAGACAUUGAAGUGGAAGGUCACAAAAAAUUCAAGAGUGCCAAGCCUAAAUAUGAAAAAAUUACUCAAUACAUUAAGGGAUACAAUGAAGGAUCGUCCUCAAGCGAUGACGCUGCAAUGGUUUGUAGAAGAAAAACCAUGGAGGAAGACGAUGAAUUCAAUGAUGAUGACGAUGUUGGAAAUGUAGUAAUGGGAAAGAAAGAAUAA